CUCUCUCGAUCUCGACGGCCGGCGAUUGCUUCUCAGUCAGCAAGACCAGGUCGCUCAACUCUAGGCAUGGAGAGGGAUGUAUCUCCACCUCCUCCACCUUACACUACAGAGCUGGAUGUGUACAUUUAUGACUACCUGAUCAAACGCAAGCUAAUCACGACUGCUGAAGCCUUUGUGAAAGAGACUGAAGCAAAGUCAUUUCUUACUGAUCUUCAAAAAAUUAGUGUUCCUGGAGGACUCCUCUCUGAUUGGUGGUCUAUAUUUUGGCCAAGCUUCAUUUCAAGUCCAGGUGAUCUGGCAUGCCCAGAAGGGCAUGCACCAGAGCAAAAACCAUUGGAGGUGGGUAACCACUUCAGUUUAGAAGAGGAGCAUAUGCAGCAAAGAGCUGCUACUUUUGCCAAUUCAGAUAGGUUAAAUGAUGCCGCAUUCAACCAUACAAUGCGCCAUGAUCGUUUUGCUGAUUCAGCUCAGACGCAUUCUCAACAGUCCCACCAACUCCCUGGUUUUGACAGGAUGGACCUACCAAACUCACCUGUCUAUAAGAGGACUGCCCCCAGGCAUAUGCAACAACCGUAUCAACAGACACCUGAUGGAAACAAUGCGGAUGACAUGCUUGAUUUAUCAGGAGAUGUUGCUAUGAAGAAAACACUAGGAAUCAUCAUCGAGGAAGUUUUAAGUCUGAAAGCCAGUAGCAAAAAGAUUUUUUGCUGUGAUUUUUCCUCAGAUGGUGCAUUGCUGGCUAGUGCUGGAGAAGAAAACAAGGUUUUCAUUUGGAAUCUCAGAAACAAUUUAGAGCAGCACAGUUGGGAUGCACACUCUAGCUUCAUCACAGAUAUCAGCUUCCGUCCGAAUGAAUCCAUGCUUGCCACAGUUUCAUCUGAUAGAACUGUGCGAUUGUGGGAUGCAUCUCAGGGUGAUAGUUAUGUCCAGGCCCAGUGCUUCAUGGGGCAUAGCACUCAGGUCACAUCGGUAGAAUUUAAUCCGAAGAACACUUCACUCCUCUGCUCGUGUGAUGAUGGUGGCAAGGUUCUUUACUGGGCAAUAGGCCAAGCUAACCCAAGACGCAUCUCUAAAGCCACAGGUAAAGCAAAAGUAAGGUUCCACCCUCUUGGCAAAACUCUUGCUUCAGCUAUUAGACACACUGUGAACAUUACCGAUGUUGAGACGGAUGAAAGGUGCAAGUGUUUACAGGGUAACAGGGAUAACAAACCUUUGAACUCCAUAUGCUGGAAUGAACGUGUCAAUUGCUUGGCUUGUGUUAGUGACAAUUGUGCGAAGGUCUGGUCUACAGACUGGCAACCUGUCCGUGAGCUAAACCGGAACGACUAUUUCCGCUCGUGCAGCUUCCACCCGAGGCAUCCAAACACGCUGGUCAUUGGGGGAUACGAGAGCAUCAUACUGUGGAACUUUGCUGAGAACAAGGUGGUAGAGUCUGUGCAGGCUCACGGUUGCCAUGUUUCAGAUUUGGAUGGAUGUCUUGCCACAGGCUUGCUUGCAUCCGCAUCGCAUGAUGGAUGCGUCAAGGUCUGGAGGUGAUCAAGAUCUAGCCUGGUGCUGCCUCGCAGAUCGAUGGGAAGCUCUAAUCAAAUCUAGAUUAGAUAGAUAGGUAGAUAGAUGGCAGUUGCAGUAUCAACUAUCAAGAUCAUUACUGCUGUGCAGGAACACUUAGGUUUUGGUCUGUUAAGAAGGUAGAGUAGCUCUGUUGUGUGUAAACUAAACUGUUUUCCAUACAAACAGAGAAGUAGCACGUGGCACCAUCA